AUGGGCUGCUGUUCCCGCGCGAGGUACUGCAACCCCUGGACAACCGCGCUUUCCGGGGGCUACUGUUCCUGUAGCUUCUCCCUCUGCCACCUCAUAUCCUUCUACCACCCCAUAUCCCUCUUACCCCUCAUAUCCUUCUACCACCUCAUAUCCUUCUACCGCCUCAUAUCCUUCUAA